GUGGUGUUUUUCUGUUCCUUUCAAUGCCCUAAAAUUAGGGAUUAAUUAGUUAAAAUUGGCUAAAGAUGAUUGUUUUGGGCUUCAAAAACAUGUAAAAAUGUAUAUUUGUUAAAUUUAUUUGAUAAAAUGCCAGUAAAAUGUGUUCAAAAAGUGCAAGAUUCGAAAGAGAAAGUGUCUCAUCAUAACAUGGUAAAUUAGCAGAUCGAUAUGAUGUCCGUUUCAGAAUUAUCUGUAGGAUGCCGUUUUGCUGAUUAUUUUGUUAUAUGUGGAUUGGAUUUCGAUUCGGGGCUGGAACCUGAUAGACUAUGUGGGGACAAUUUGCACGUUUCACCAUUGGACCGUUCUUAUAAAGGAAAGAUUCUUGCCCAUUAUCCAGAAAAUGUGAACAGUAAUAAGUUUGAUGAGCAUGCAGUGUGUAUGCUCAGUCUACCAGCGGGACUGCAGUUCAAGACUCAAAAACAUUCAUUAGAACCAAAAUUUCAUAGUUUUGUAAUAACAAGAGAAAAUGCAUCAAGAUACUAUGGAUACAGCCUCAUAUUCUACGAGGAAGUCAGGAACAGAAACAUCUGCAGUGCCAUGCACACAUUGCAGGCUAUGUACAUCACUGAGCUGUCAAGUGGGCAAACACCUCCAAACCACAGAAAGAACUCGGGAAAAGAAAGUUCCAGAUCACUGCCGCGCUCAUUCAAGCUUGCACCCCACUCUGGUGCUGCUUUGACUUACUAUGAUAUUACCAAAGACAAACUCUAUGUAGCCAAAAGUAUUGUUCUUAUAUGCCAGUACCCCUUUGUUAGGGUGGCACAGUUGUUUUUAGAAAAUUUGUUUAGAUCUCUGCCGAGACAGCCGGGCCCAGGGCUCAGUCCGGAGUCGUAUGUGUACAACUUGCUGUAUGAAGUGCCAGUGCCACUGCCAGGGCAGGCAUUGCGGCUGUAUCUGCCACCACCGGAACCGCACUUGGAUCCUAUACCUGUUGUAAUAAGAAUGCCUCACCUGCCCGAAGAGCUGCCGUUACUGGACUAUCCGCUGCGCGCGCUGUUCUCGCUGCUGGGCGCGGAGCUCGCGGUGCAGCUGUUCACGUGCGUGCUGCUGGAGCACCAGGUGCUGCUGCGGUCCAGCGAUUUCAACAAGCUGAUGCUAGUGUCGGAGUGCAUAGUCUCGCUGCUGCUGCCGUUCACGUGGGCUCAUGUCUACGUGCCCAUACUGCCGGCGCCGCUGCAUCAUUUCUUGGACGCUCCUGUGCCGUUUGUUAUGGGUCUCCACGCCGACAGCGGCGCCAGUAUGACGCCGAACGGCGCGCGCAACAUCGCGCUGGGCUCUGAAGCGGCGUUGUGCCUCGUGGACAUCGACAAGCCGGAUAUACAGCUGCCCGAGGAGCUGCCCAUAUUCCCGCACCGGACACCGUUUAUUGAGGAACUCAACCAUAUCAUGGAUAAGCACCAGAUACAAAGACCCGAGACGGAGCCAACGAAGUUAGGGAUGACGAUAAAUGGCACUUCAUACAAACACAACGAUUCUAUGACUAGUAGCUGCACUUUGCCGUCAGGCGGUCUCCGUCGCAAGCACUCGUUCAACGACGUGCUAGAGUGGGACGAGAGUCGGCCGCUCAACGCCUCCCCGCCCGCGUCGCCGACGCGCCGCGCGCCAAGACGACUGGACGCCUUGCAGAGGAUCGUGGAUAUUGUUAAACGGACUGGAGUGAACAUAGACGAUGUAGAUGCGGACACAGUGAUGCCAACCGCCAAGAAAAAAAUACUAAACGACGAGGAACAAUAUUCUGAGGAUCUACGCUUCAACGUGGCCGUUAGGGAAGCGUUUCUGAACAGAUUCGUGCACAUGUUCCUCAUGUACGAGAACUUUGUCAUCAUGCCGGAUCAGGACAGAGAAUCAUGGCUAUCGGCGCGCGAGUCAAUGGUGAACUUCGACAAGGCGUCCUUCUUGUCCGACCAGCCGCAGAGACACCGCCCCUUCCUGUCUCGCUUCCUCGAGACGCAGAUGUUCGCUACACUGGUCGAUAACAAGAUAAUGACCACCUGGGGGGAAUAUGAUCCUAACUUGCAAGUCUUCGAGCAUCGGAUUAAGUCUGUCAGACGGCGUCUCGGCGAAGGCUGGUCGAGUCGGGGCUACAACGUGUCGACCCUCUCCAAUAGUGUCCAAGUACCCGCCGAACUGGAGGUCAUUGGCCCCUCGGAGCGCCUCGGCCAUAGAGCGGCCUACUACAGGGCGUUCCCGGCGAGACUCGACGCCGCCGCCCUCGCGCCGCCCGAGCAAGCCGCAAGAACGAACAGUCUGAAGCGCAUAAAGGGCGGCAAGUGGCAGGUGAAGGAUUGUGGAGGGGAGCUAUUACUGGGCGAGCUGGGACGCCGUGCGGACCACGCGCCGCAAACCACUAGCAUCAACCACCGCGCUAUUGUGGACAAACUGCUAAAGGAAUGCAAGAGUAAAACCAAACGAAUGCUAGUCGAGAAAAUGGGUACCGAGGAAUCAGACUUGGGCCUCGGCUGCGAAGUCUCAAUAACUGGUGUAGAAGAAAGCACAAUGAUAGCUUCCCUCUGUGACCUACUCGAGAGGCUGUGGUCCCACGGCCUUCAGCACAAGAUGGGCAAGUCAGCGCUGUGGAUGCAUCUCAUGAACUAUCAGGAGCUGGAGCAGUGUAGUGAUUCUACUAAGCCGAUCGACCCGAAUUUUCUUACGCCCGCUUUGGCUUGGUGUGUUUUACGGAAGCGUUUGGACUACCUAUCCUCAGUAGGCGCAGAAGUGGAAGCCCAAGCCCAGGCCCAGCACAGCCGUUCUUCCUCCCGUUCCCGGAACAAGUCUCAAGACCCGUCCCGGGAGUCGUCGCGCGACCGCCUCAGCAACAGCGGCACGCUGGAGCGCGAGCCCGCGCCGCCGCCGCUGCGCCCGCUGCCCGAGGCACUCACCUUCGAUAUGAGAAACGUCCAAGCCAUGACUGACAUAAAAACCGAAAUCGGGUACGCCAGAGCUUGGGUCCGCCUGUCACUGGAAAAAAAGCUCCUUUCCAAACAUCUUCGAGAGCUGUUAGCGGACACCACUCUUCUACGAUCUCAGUACAAGAGGACCGCAUUCCUGAGGUGUGAGGAGGAGCGGGAACAGUUCCUGUACCAUCUGUUGACGCUGAACGCUGUGGAUUACUUCUGCUUCACGAAUACUUAUCCUACUACUAAACUGCCAUACCGAGUGCUGAUCCUACCCUCACGUAAGGCGAGCCAGACCACGGCCAACUGCUGGGUGGCCAUCUCCGGCGCGCACGGGGAGGCCACGCCCAAGAUCCCUAUACCGAGGAAUACUUAUGAGUUUGUUUUUCAUCACAAAAACCUGGGCAUACUGUCCACGCUCCGGAUCGGUCACGACAACUCGGGACUCUCGCCGAGAUGGCUGCUCGACCAGGUGUUCGUCAGGAACGAGGUCACGGGACACACUUACAUAUUCCCCUGCAACCGCUGGCUAGGCUCCGGCGUAGACGACGGGUCCACCGAGCGGCUAUUAGUAGCACAAUUACUCCGUACACACAAGUCCGCCAAGACGCCCGCCGCCCAGCCGACCACGCCGCAAACUGCGUCUACGCAUCUGUCUACGUCCACUAUACAGCAUAUGAUUGGUGAUUGUGUAAACGCAAUAGUGAAAUGGCACUACCAGUCGAAGCGGGAGAAAGACUCGAACUCUCUCAGCGUGCUGUUGUGCGGAGAGAACGGACUAGUGAAAUGUCUGGAGCAAGCUUUCAUAUGCGGGUUCAAGUCUGCGCGGCUGUUUGGCAAGAAUCUCUUCAUUUGGGACUUUUUUGCCCGCGUCCGCGACGAGUUCAAGCUAAGCCUUUGCGACGACAACUCCCAACAAACAAAGCCGUCUUGCGGUGUCAACUACAACUGCCGCCAAGACCAAGAGCACCGCGCCAUCUGGCGCUGCUACUGCCACCUCAUGGACGAGGUGGACUCCGUCGGCGCCGCGCUCGGCAAGGACGGCCGGUUCCAGCUCUUCAUCUGUCUCAGCUUGAGGGAACACUGGCUGCACAGAAUGCUGGUCCCGAUGUCGGUGACGCGAGUGACGGCGGAGAUGUACGAAGAGCAGAGCUUCUUACGCAAGCGUGGACUACUCACGUUCCUCAGGCAAAUACUGGAGCCGCUCGACGAAUUCGACAUCGUUCUAGAAAACUCUCUCACGCAAGGUAUUUAGGCAUCCAGCCAUGUUAAUACCUGAGGGUCAUCACUUAUGGGUCGAUUACACCUAACGAGUACAGUGGCGAGUCAGUGUCCUCGGACACUCGGUGACUUGGUAGCCGUUAAUUGGUCGAGGAUCGGCCGAGGAU